AUGCUCAAUUACAACGACAACGAACAAACGCUUCUAGAGUUCUAUCACACUGACUCUCUCAAGAACUCGGUCCCAGACACGCAAGACACGCAAGAUUUGGCCACUGAAGUCACCCAGCUAACUGCAAACGAUGCAACCACAGACAUCCAGAAACUAGACGCCUUGAGCACAUAUUUACAGGCCAGGCUAACAUUCCAUCAUUCCCAGAAUUCAGAGCACGAUUUCAUUGACCCAUUGAGUGGGAAAAAUGUCGUGGAUGUUCUUGUAGAAAAGGGAGUCAUUGAGUCGGCAAACGACCCAUCAAUAGAUAAGUUCUUGGUCUCCUCGCAACAGUUCAAUCCUGAAACAUUUCUUGCGACCGUUCAUGAGGAUACUCCAAUAGAGAGGUUGGUUGUUGGUCUUGAUGGUUUGGAUCGAGCUAUUCGCAGCCACACCUCUGAGCUCAAGUCGGUUCUUAAUGACAACUACAAGCAGUUCGUUUCGAGCAAACACUUUAUUGAUGAGAUUCUUACAGAAUUCAAGGGGCUGAAGUCUCACGCGCAGCAGCAACGUGAGAAAAGCAAGGUGUUCAACCCUGCUAAUCGUAGAAAAAUCGACGCCAGUGAGACCCUUCUAUCGGAGCUUGAAGAGUCCAUCAACAAUCUUAAUCUCUCUUCGAACUUGAUGAUUAGGCCCAUCAUGGAACAUAAUGCCAAGGAGGCGAAAGUGGCUGCUUUGAUUGAGUUCAUCAAGGACAACACCCAGAUAUUUAGCCUUCCUCUGACUCUCAUUGAGUGCCUUGCGUCGAACGAUCAUGAUGCAUUUAUAGACACAUACAAUCGUUUUCUCAGCGAUAAAGAUGAGUUGUUACGGCUGCAACAACAAGAACUUGAUGAGGCCAGGAACUCUGGAGCCGAUGGCGAAUCCCGCAAACUUGAAAAGCUACAUGCCCUUCAGAACACUGCAUUAUCUCGUGUCAUUAAUGAGGUCACCAAGAUCGCUACGGAGUAUCGUAAGAAAGCGUUCAAGGACCUUCUCUCAAUGGACCAUGAAGUGUCCCUCAAGUCUAGUCGUAAAAUGGCCCUGGACGUCAAAUUCAUCGACUUGGUGGAUAAAUUGCAUCGCAUGAGCGAGGGAAGUCUGGAAGUCAAUCCUAUCUUCGAUUUCCUCAAAUCUCAGCUCCAAAAAGUUGAAAAGGAGUUGGUGUAUCAAUGCGAGAAGUAUGACACAAAGUUUACUCAAAUGCAACGGAAACUAGUGGAUUACAUAACAUCCCUCCAAGAGCAGAGAGAGAAUGGCUCUUAUGUGAAAUACAUCGCCGAAAAAUUCGAAAGUGUUGAGGAAUAUUUCAAGGCAUCAGCACUAACGAGUUCUCAAAAUAUUGACCGCGAAAAAGAACGCACAAUUGUCGAGAUAUUUCACAAUAGCGAGAAUUUGGACUUAUCGAUCAUCAAUGAGACUUGGCUUGUGUUGUCCAAUUUCAUUAAAAGUAUAGAGGAGACUUUUGCUAGCGUAAUCUCCAAGUUCGUGAAGAACUACGUCCAUUAUGCUGACUCGUCUAACGGCUUUAAUGUCGACACACAAGGCGAACUCAGAGAUUUCUUUUUCGUUGUUCUUAAUGAUGUCAUAUCCAAGCUCAUGAAGAUAUUCUACGCGCAAAGUCCCUCAGAACUCUCUAAAGUAACUCCAGCCAACUACAACUCGUUCCUCCCAUAUCACACAAACUCAUUGUCUACGAUGUUCUACUUGACGGAUAUAUCCUCUAGCUUCAACAACAUCUUGACUCUUGCGGGCAAGUACACUUCUCAAAUUGGCAAGGCCUCAAAGAGCUUUGAUACAAACAAGCAAAUUCUGAGAUUGAGAGAAGUCUCUACACUCUUUGAUCAAAGAAUCUUGGAGGCCAUAUGCGCAACUUGGGUAAAUGACUGCUCGCAAUUGUAUGACUUAGAAAAUUGGGAGAAGUACGAGGGCUUUUCAGAGUCACGAACCAGCAAUAAAACGGUUUACACAAAGCUGAUGCAAGUUUCGUUUUAUUAUGAGCUUGCUGUACUUGAGACUCUCCGGAAUUUGAUUGUGAGACCUUCAGAUGGUGAUGAAGAUUCGAUUCGAAUCGUAUCAAACUAUCCAAGCAAACGGAUCCUUGUCAGUCUCGAAAUCCAAUUCAUGAGAAGCAUGAAUGUUUUGAUCGAUUCGACGAUCAAGAGAUUCAAAGCAGAAAAAGCAAUUGUCGAUGAAGCUUCUUUGAGAGAUUCGAAAACAGAACAAUGCACGUACAAAGUGUUGACGAUGAACAAUCUUUCCGCAUUGAGCAAGAGCAUUUUCCCGCAGCUUAUCAAAAAAUUUGACAAGUUGUUUAACAAAAAUUUGCUGCUGCAAAACUUGAAGUUGUUUGCAGAUCUAGAUCUCGUGAAGAUUACAAUUCUCGAUGAUAUCAAUGAGAUUGAGAAAGCGUGGAUCGAAGCCCGUAUUGAUGAACAUUUUGCCCUCGUUCAACGCUCCCGAAGCUCUAUGCCUCUAGCUGUCGAUCCAUUCGUGUACGAAUGUCUCUUGCAUUUUGUUACGCUCGUCCACGUUCUUAGACCGAUUACCGACCUUCAUACCUUCACAUUGAUCAUUCAACAGUUGCAAACACAAUUUUUGCUGAAAUUUCUUCUGUCUAUACGUGAAGCCAGUGAGAAGGAGCGCGUCAUCGCGGCGAUUUUGGGUAAUAUCAAGCUUGACUUGGACUUUUUCGUGGAAAUCUUCGGUGGACUGGCCUCGCUUAAUUUGGAUGAGUAUUGUGUGAAUCUAGUAAGAAUUAUUCUCAGUCAGAUUGACAAAAUUGAGAGCAUUUUCUCCGACUUGGGCUACACUCAGCAAGAAAUUGAAGUAAGAUUGGAGCGUGCACUUGAACAGAGCAGAAGCGAGUUUUCUUGUUUCGGAGCAGAAAUACAUUAA